AUGUCUGGCAUUUGUGUCAUUUGUCAAAUAUUUGUUCUAAUUGUCACAGAGAAAUCCAAAGUUGUCCGGUUAUUGGGACCGUCAGCUUCCAAUGGUACUGGCCGUGUGGAAGUAUUCUACAAUGGACGAUGGGGAACAGUAUGUGAUGAUAGUUGGGAUAUGUAUGAUGCUAAGGUUGUAUGUCGUGCACUUGGUUAUCCAUAUGCGGCUAAAGCUCUUCACGGGCGUGACGUUCCUGAUGGAACUGGACAGAUAUGGUUAGAUGAUGUCGGAUGUACUGGGAGUGAACAAAGUCUAAUUAAUUGCUCUCAUAACGGAUGGGGAAGCCAUAAUUGCGGACAUUCUGAGGAUGCAGGUGUACAAUGUUUUGCAGCGUUAACAGGUAAAAUUAUAACAUUGCUUUUAACGACACGCGUAAAACUAUGGCACUCACGUUGUGCAGGAGCACGCUCCUCUUGACUAGUGAAGUCGUUUGCCUUUGGAAAGAGCAAAAUAAUAAUAAUUAGUAAUAAUAGUUGCGCGUCUCAUGGCCCAUGGCCACUUAAAAAGUUAGCAAGAUUCAUUGGCAGACUAGAGAACACAUGCAUGCAGAAACCCCUCGCCUUGCUGACAAAACCAUUGUAUUUUUCGAACUAGAAGUAUUUAAAGUAGUUGUCACAGUAACACGAUAAUUUUGUUAAGAAUAUUUUUACUGAAUAUUGAAAAAUCCCCUAAAGCUACGUUUACGCGCUGCGGUUAAUUGUGUACGAUUCGUUUUCUGGCGUAUGUCAUUGAGUAAACAUGCAUGCGUAAGCUGGCUACAUUUGAAAUUUCUUUUUACCGAAACGGCAAUAAAUUAUUGCGCCAGCGUUCAUUUUAAUUCGCCAUAAUACGAAUUGUACGCGAUUAAUCGUAGCGUGUAAACGUAGCUUAAAAAUAUCACUUUCAAUUAGUAAUUACAAAAUUUUCAAUUCCCCAGACUUAUAUAUGUUAAAUAUGUUAUUGCAAUUAAUAUAAGUUUCAAUUUAAUUAUAAUAAUAAUAAAUAAUAUUUAAUAUUUAUACUGCGCAAAUUAACAUGUAAAGAAAAUUUCAACCUUAAAUACUUCGCAAGACGUCGACGUUUUAAAAUGUUCUUUAUAACACUGAACUGCCUUUAACGGCUUUAUCGGAAAACUUUGAGUUUGAAAUAAAGUGAUUUCAAAUUCUCGCGUUCAAACAGCGUUGCUUUCUCUUUCAGUAUAAUAAAAAAGUUUAAUCAAUAAAGAAACACUGAAAUUAUAUGCUGUUCUUUCAUUUAUAAUAAUAUACAUAGAAAUAUUACGUGACUGUGAUUGGUUGGUUUCAGUGCAUUUAAUCCCAAGCAGCAGUGCAAAAAUCUGUAACAACUCUGCAAAAAUCUGUAACAACAGUGCAAAAAUCUGUAACAAACUGAUCUGACUGGUGGGAAAACAUUGUGAUGAUUAAAUCAACCAAUCAGUUUAAAGCAAUUUAGUUUAACGAAGCAACGAAGCCGGUCACAGAUUGCUUCAAAACAGAACAAACAUGGCGCCGCGCUACACAAAGUAAAAGUUGCCUUCGCGUGGAAAAUAUGGCUUUUAUCUUUAUUUUUAAAUGGAAAUGCAUUUACCUUAAACAAGACUAACAAAAAUUACAUAGUUGAGUGCAUGGAAAACUUUGCCAGUGGAAUGUCCGGUAUAAACGCGUACGUUAAAACUACAAUUGUCUCGAAUAUUUUUAAUUUUUAUGUGAACUAUUAAAAAGUAAUAGCAUGGUUUCACGUGAAAUUUGAAUAAACAUGCACUCGUGAGUUUUUCAAAGACCUCAAAUAGCACUCUUCCUUCGGACUCGUGAGUCGUGCUAUUUUGAUGUCUUUGAAAAGCGCACUCGUGCAUUUUAUAUCCAAAUUGCACUCGAAACCAUGCUAUUACCUAUACAAAUUAGAGGUGUGCAUUGGAUCGGAUUGGACGUUUAUAAUCCGACAAUUACAUAAAGUUUAAAAUCCGAUCCGAAAUUGUCUAAUCCGAAUCUGAUCAGAUCCGAGUUUCGAUUAAGAAUUCCAAUCGGAUCCGAUCCGAAGAGUUCUUUAAUAAAAUAAACUUCUCAUUCAAGUUGAAAUAUUUAACUAAAUAAAUAUAAAAGCAAGAAAUACAUGUCAAGAAGUUGACAAAGUGACGUCCAAUUGAAGUAGCAAACGAAUAAUGCAGCGACAACCGCGAUAAUGCUUUAAUAAAUGCAUGUAUAAUGAAUUCUUACGAUAAUGCAUGGAUAAUUAAUUCAUAUUAUUUCGGAUAUCGAAGUCCGUUCCGACUACGAAACAACUUUAUCAAUCCGACCCGAUCCGAAAUGAAUAUUUUCGUUCCGAAAUCCGAACGAAUCCAAUCGGAUCUGAUUCGGAUCGUCUUCGGAUCGUCUUCGGAUCGGAUUUGCACAACUCUAAUACAAGUAUGCGUAACGAUAAGCUUCAAAGCUGUUAUAAAGGAAAGAAUACAUCAAUAUUUGAAUACCAACCUUCGUUAACAUCGGUGCAUUUACUCCAUUCUUUUAGUAUAUCUUUCGCCUUUUUUUUCUUUAAAAGCUUUUGAAAUUCACAAAAUCGUGCAAGAAAUAAUCAUUUGUCAAUGAUCAAAUCAAGAAAUGUUUGCUAUUUCGCUAUCGUCAUGCAGUCGUUAUAAUGUAAACUUUAAAUUUGACCAAUCAGUGUCCGCUAUUCAUGACAGUCCGCCAUGUUUUUGAGAUCAGUAAGGAUGACCACCUACGAAACUUCGUUGGUGACCCACACACGCGGUCAUUGAUGAACUUUAGACUUUGCUAAUGCUUUCGUUUCCCCGGUGUAAAUAGCCGGGCGGAAUUAGUACCCUCGCCCCGGGCUUACGUCGGGAACUUUGCAGGAGUUGCAGGAGCACUCCUUCCGAAAAUCAACUCUAUUUUAACCCUAUUUUACUUUCAAUUUUAUUCCUAUAGUACCUAUUUUUAGUUUGAAGCUGUGAUGACCAACCUUUGUUGUGAUGAAUGUUAAAUGUCCAGUAAUAAAAUGUAAAAUGUGCAAUGAUCAAAUUUCCUGUCAUAACUUGUUAAAUAAUAAAAAAAUGAGGACUGUAUUGUGUCGUAAUUAGCACAUAAUUAUGAUGGGAUAUUUUAGCUGCAGUAGCCGCGUAGGAAUGUAGUCGCAUUCAUGAAAUGUUGAUACGAAAACAAGAGACGGUUGUCCAACCGAGAGGAAGCAUUACUCCAUGAUAUUUUGUAAUAAAGAAAAUGCCCGGCUGUUCACUUUGUAAUUAAUGGUUGGUGGUCCCUAACAAAAACGAUGGAGUUAGCUACAUAAAAAAUUAGUUAAAAUGUGGCGGAAGCUUCAGCAGAAAAAUAAAAAUUUCUUGAAAUGCAUAUUUUUUGGAAUAUGAACUCGUAUUCUUUGCUGAUUCUCAUCAUUCACAGCCGUCAAAGCUACAACAAUCGGAAAACAUUUGGGAUAAAGCAUGUAUCAUUUUCUCUUUUUCAAGAAUUUUUCCAGGACAACAACAAUUACCCUGACAUAACGAAUUUGGUACCCAACUACAGCCAUGCAUUGUGUCAGAUCUGUUGGGGGAAUAGGCCCAUUAUAUUAAGUAUUUUAUGUUUUCACUUUUCAGUCGGGCUACCCUUUAAUUUAAAUUGUACAAUUUUUACAGGUGUAAAUGUCAGGUUACAAGGACCAUCAAGUUCCAAUGGUGCUGGUCGAGUGGAAGUAUUCUACAAUGGAAGAUGGGGAACAGUAUGCGAUGAUGGCUGGGAUAUAAAUGAUGCUACGGUUGUAUGUCGUCAACUGGGAUUUAUAUCCGCUGUUAAAGCUCUUCAAGGUAGCAAUGUUCCUGACGGAACUGGCCAGAUAUGGUUGGAUGAUGUUUCUUGUACUGGACAUGAACAAAAUUUAAUCAAUUGUUCUCACAAGGGAUGGGGAGAUUAUAAUUGCGCGCAUUCUGAGGACGCAGGAGUCGAAUGUUAUUCAAUCGGUAAAAUUGUAAUAUUUUCGAGCGUAGGCAAGCGACGUUUUUGUCAACACGGACGUCAUUACAAACUGAGUUUGUAUCAGUUUGUGGCAAUCUUGAAGAACACAUAUGACAAAACAUAAAAGAUUUCUACGUCCGUGUUGACUAGAACAUCGCUUGCCUAAGCUCGCAAAUUGUUUUCAACCAUUCGCAUGAAACUAUCUGGCACUCACAAUGUGUAAAAGCACUUCAUUUUUGACUAUAGUAACGUCUGUCAGCCUUUAGACAGAGCAAAAUAAUAAAGUUGGGCGUCUCAUUGCUUGUUGCCACUUGAAGAGUUAGGCAUUCGAAAUGAUAACGUUAUUAUACUACCACAGAGAAUAAUUGGUAAUGAUACACGCAAUGUCUACCACAGUGAAACAAGUUAACUUUCGAAAAGGUAUGAAACAAAUGCUUACUUAUGUAUUUUUCUGCGUAUGAUUAUUCAAUAUAGAUGUGGAUGAAUGUUCCCUAGGACUGGACAACUGUGCUAAUAAUUCUCAAUGUAUUAACACCAAUGGGAGUUUUUUGUGCAGAUGUAACCAUGGUUAUUCGGGAAAUGGUGUAUUUUGCUCUGGUGAGUAGUACUUGGUAAUCCGUAGACAUUACAAUCAUAGUGCGAUCAUUAUGACAGUCAACAGGUCGUCUUCCCUGUCUAAACCAAAUAACUUUGCCCUCAUAAAGAUAAUACUUUAUCACUUUUAGUCACUUUACAUAAUAGCGCAUUUAUCCAACCGGUGUUAUAAAUUGUGUGCAUUCCAAAUUCCAAAAUUGCCGCAUACCAAAAGUUGAAUUCCAAUUAGUGAAAUGAAAGGGUAUACAAGGUUUUAACACAUGUUAAUCUUUGCUAUAUAUGAAAAGUUCCUAUUAGGUUCAACAUAUUGCUUGUAAGAUCGUUCUAAGAAUAAUUAGCAAUUUUUUAUUUAGCAUCCUUCCGAAGCCAGUAUAAUUCACACACUCUUGUAAUUUAUAAUAAUGUUUACACACUUGUCAUUUAAAUAUAUUUUAAAUUUUUAAAUAUGUAUUUCAAAAUUUGGAAUAAUAUCAGAGGUGUUCGUGAGAAGGGGGGGGGGGGGGCUUAUUGCUUACUAUGAUUGAAGUGAAAUUCAAUACUUUGUCAACCAACAGAACUAAACGAACUAGCUAAUUAUCGAUUGUUACUUCCCUCAUAUAGUAUGAAUAAAAAUGAAGAUUUCCAUUUGGUUUUUGGUAUACUGAAUAAGUCGUCAACCAAUAUGUUUCAUUUUUAGAUAUCAAUGAAUGUUCUCUAUCGAUAGACAACUGCCAUACUAACGCUUCUUGUACCAACAUUGGCGGGUCUUUUGUCUGCACGUGUGACAGUGGAUAUACUGGAAAUGGAACUGUUUGCGUAG